UAGCUCAGUUCAUAUUAGUCCUUCGUCCUGCCCGGAUCGCCUCGAAAAAUGCUCGCGCGUGAAAAGCUAUUCUGCGGCGUUCGCCCUCACCACCACCACUACCAUCGCCGCCACUAGCGACGUAGUUACUAUCAUCUCCGUUAUCAGUAGGGAAAUUGUGUCGAUCUCUCGUCACCAUUCCGCGCUGAACAAGUGGUGUGUCCUGCGGUGGGUGGCAUCAGGGAGCUCAACCUUUUACAUGUGUUUCAGCUACAAUCCAGCUUGGCAAUGAUGAUGAAUCGUGAAAUCAGAAACUAAAAUGUGUUUAUUGUACUUUCGGUGCAAAUAAUUGAUUUUAAGUGAUGGCAAAGGAAAUUGUGAGCUGAAAACGCAUUGAUCAGUGUCGGAACUGAAUUGCUAAGAUGAAAAAAGGCACAUAGUCAGCCCCGUUUUUCCGCUCAACUGAGUGGCCGGGUAAAUCCCGCAACAAGUAUACAUAGCUGAGCGAAAAAAAAUCGAUUGCUAUUAGUGAGUCUUAGGUAUCCACCCAGGAAUGCAUGCGAUGCCUGCUUCAAAACAAACGGAUUCUGUCGAUCGUUGAGAAUUAUCCAUUUAUAUUAAAGCGAAUAAUAUAAUCAAUGUGCAUAUCCGGAGGAGUAUAUAGAAAAAUCUUCCAAACCAUUUGGGAGCAAAGAGUUCGCCUGGCUGCGACCGAAAAAGGCACAUUUCGGUGAACAAGUCACACAAUCCCAUUAACUGCGCUACGCCUGUGAGUGGAACGAGAAUCGGAGCUUCAAAGUGUUUUGAAGCGGCAGUGGCGCAGCAACAAAUGGAAACAAAUAAGAACAACAGCAACCAGAAGAAUGGAACAUAAUUAGCAUAUCUCAGAUGUUCAACGCUCCCUGGGAGCGCGUGUCGCGUGUGCUCCGUUACCACCAAUAUCAAGUGAAGAAAAAAUAAUACAGUGUCGAAUGUGAUAUUGGUUGAUGCCCUCAAGAGUGGUGGUGCAGUGAGAGAAGAACCUUGAAAUCGAUAAAGAAUAUAUAAAUAGCUUUCGUGCCGGUAGAUUGGGGAAGCAGUCGAGCUAACACGGCCGGAAAUAGUGUGAAAGUGUGAAGUCAUAGCGUAGACGGAGCGCAAUGAAUGGUCGCGAACGGGGAAGUCAACGAUUUUUCCACUGUCAAUAUCUUGGUCGACGUGAUAAAUGUGGAAGUUGCUAUAAAUAGUAGGCAAAUUGGCUUUUAAGGUUAAAAAUAAAUCAAAGCGGAUUUCUGUGGUAUGGAUUGCUGCAGCAGUAAUUACAUGGAUUACAGACAUUCCAUAAAUAAUAAUUUCUGCUAUCCGUAUUCACCCGGAAUGAUGCGGAGUGCGUCACCGUAUCCGAUGGGCGUUGGCCAUCCCGGCGGUGCUCGUUAUAGCAGUGACUAUCGGGCUGGUUAUUAUGACAAUUUCGAUAAGUAUUACGGUUUUCAUCAUUCCCAGGGGCACAGCUUUGGAAGCACCUAUUAUGGCAAUUAUUCGCCAUAUCGGGAUUUUAGCUAUAACGAAUACUACCAUCCGCCUCCAUCGUUUGCCUCGUCGCAUCAUUUCUCCGGUCCAGGAGCCUACCACGGACUCCACAUGUACAAUCGCCAGCCGCUUCCAUUCCAACGAGAAUCUUAUUAUCAUCAGAGGGAUCAUCAUCAGUACGCGAAUUUCGGUAAUUACUCCGGUAAUCCCUACAAAGGGGAUUCCAGUAGCAGCGCAGCCUCCCCUCUGGUCAACGGUAGCAAUGGUAAUAACCAUAGCAAUAGCGGAAGCAAUGCUACCAAUAAUAGCGACAGUCCGCUGUUUGACGGCGCACAGAACGGAUAUACGCAUAGUCCAGAUUAUUCAGCACAAUCCUAUAAUUCCAGUAGCCCAAAUCAUCUCCAUCAUCCGCACCCACAAAACAUCCCCGCAGAGGGUGGAGAAGGUGGUGGAGGCGGAGGCGGAGGCUACACAUCCACAAUGCCAAAUGCAACAGGAUUUCCUCUCAGUUUGAAGGAUGCAAGAAUGCGAAGGUUGAAAGAGCGCAAACUAGCGAAGUCAUCCUAUUGCAACAGCCCUAACGGUGGCCAAAAUAGCACCAGUAGCAGUCCGAACCCCGGGAACAGUGGGAACAUCGGAAGCAGCAGCACCACCAGCAGCAACGGCGGCGGCGGCGGCGGCAGCAACAACAACACAAGUGCGCGAUUGAAAUCACUGGAUGCAUUCGUUGGUGAUAAUUUCGAGCAUGAUCACGCCAACAAUCCAUCCCCUGGUCGUGGCAGUGGGAGCGGCAGUAAUAACACCGGUGGCAGCCCUCCGAAAAGGUCCAGAAAGCAGAACACGAAACAUCGAGCUGCGGAUCCAGAUAGAGAUUCUAGAUCAGGUGACCGCGCUAAUGGAGCAAAUUCCAAUGCGGCUUCGAUGCCGGUUGCGGACAAGACCGUCACUCCUCUGCCCGGUUUCCAACAAGCUUUCGGAUCGACAGAAAUCGGAAAGUUUUCGGAAGCUUUCUUCAACAGCAGCCAGAGUCCGAACGCGGCGCUUCAUCAGAACGGGCAGCUCUCCAGCCAUCACCAUCCGCAUCCGCACCAUCAUCAUCCCACCGCACACCACCACCAACAGCUGAUGAUGGACAGCUUGAACGCAUGCGAAUCGGACGUGGAUACACUCAGCCCCCAGCCCUGGGAACCAACCGGACCGGGUGAUCCCUUCGAGAGUGCGACCGGUUUCAACCUACAAAUUGGCACAAGCUUCCAUCCUUCGUACUACGAGUCUUCCUCGUACUCGUCCGAUCAUGCCGUGGAUUCUCCACUGGGAAAUUACUUCAGCGAAAUGACGUGCAAUGAGUAUGUGAAUUAGAAAGAGCGUUCAUUUUCCAGUAUGUACUUAGUGUUAAGAAAAUUUCGAUGCUGCUUGGGAUUCACGAUUGCAACUGUUUGUAGCUUUAUACCGAUUAGUUUCCCACUUCUUUUCCGUCUUCCACACCGUAGCUAGAGUCCGUAAUUGAGCUCAAUCAAUAAAAUUGUACAAGGAAUAGUUUUCAUUGGCUAAAGUUUUCAGCUUUCCAAUAUUGAGUAUAAUGUUUUCAUUAUAUUAUUGAUCUUAUGGUGAUUGUUUGUGUUUCCCUUUUUUCAUUUUUUUUAUUUUACCAAAUGAAAGUGAUCAAAAAUACUUAAGUAAUUGCAAUUCGUGAUUAACAAGCAGCGCCUUUCAAUUGCCAAAUUGAUCAGAAGAAAUACCACUCAAACAAAAAAAAAGACACGAUCUCACACUAACUCCCAAUUGUAUCCAUGCACGAAGCCAAUAUUUGAGUGAAUCAUACGCCAAAGUUAGCAAACAUAUUACAUACGACAUAAGAAUUGUAUAAGAAUGUUUCAAUUAUAUCUAAUAACAACAAGUGAAACGCGAGUUAAGUCCAUCAGUAAGAGUAUAACAUUCUGAUAAAAAGGCGGCUCUCGACACACGAAAUGAUAUGUCUAUAAACGUACAAAAACAAGAAAACUGUUAUCAUUUGCUUAUUAUACAAUAGCUUGAAUUAUCUUCUCUAGACUUCGAACGGCUAUCAGAUGAUAACACAUCAUCAAUUAUACUGUACAUAACCACUCUUAACAACCAAUUCAGCAAGCCAACCAGUGACUAAUUGUUUUUUUUUUCAAGAAAUUGUCUCUGUCCAUAACCAAAUAAAAAAAACUGUUGAAAAUAUCUACAUGUUAAGAGAGAUAAGAAGCAGGCAAUAAGCGCCGAUGUAAACUCAAACAAAAACAAAAAUACUCCAGUAGAAUGAAUUUCAAACCUCAACGUUGCGAUGCUCGACAUUUGUAAAUACUGCGCAGGAAACGAGCAUUGCCGUAUAGGGACACGAAGCAUUGGAACACAUAUAGAUAAUAAUAUUAUCGAAUAUUCGUUAGUGUUGUUGUUUAAUUAGUGUGAAAUUGACAGAAAAACAGAGCAAAUUAGGCAAAGCGCGUCAGACAAAGCAAAAAAAAUACGAGCGCAACGGAUUUUUACGAUGAUUGAGCAGAAUCAGAAUCGGUUGAAGUUAAAUGAAUUUGAUUAUUGAAUAAAUGUGCCUUAGCGUGAAAUGACAUGAAAAAAUACAGAAAAUGAACACAAAAUACGCAGAACGAAAAAAAACAUUUUUUUUUUCAUUUCAAUCGUAUGUUCACCACCGCGAUCUGAAUCCAAAGUCAUACGGGCAAACAAAAUCCCUUUUUUGUUCUAGCCGUAACAAACUUCCGUUCACCGUAAACAAACUCUUCCUUAGUUGAUUUCUAGGUAACACAAAAUUAACCGAUAGACGAAGAAUUUACGCCGUAAAUUUCAACAAAACGAUAGGUCGAAACCAGUCUAAAUAUACCAAAGUUUGUAUACAUUAGUGAUUUUGAAACGUUUUAAAAAUAAAUUAGAGAAAAAAAGAAAUAUGAAAAAAUAACGGUUUCUGAUAUUUGAGAAAAAAAAGUUAUAUUUUAAAGAUGAUGCAUAACCAAAACGAUAGGGACGAACAUGAUUUUUUUUUGAACAUAUGUUCGUAUAAUUGCCUGAAUUCAAUUGUACAUGUGCAUUUGAAAACACCGCAAAAGAAUUUAUUAUUAAAAUUAAGAGAAUCUUUGAAGGCAUGACUAAAAUAAACCCAUCGUUUCACCAAAUUACUACAAUUCUAGUCAAGAAACACAUUUGUGAGUUUUGUGGAAUCAACUGAACUAUUUUUUUUGUGAGUUAAAAUAAACGUUCAAAGUACGUUUGACAAAAUAGCUAUAGUCAGAAGAAAAAAGCGAGCAAAAAAAUGGAAGGAGACCUAAAACAAACAUAAUUUUAUCCAUCACGCCCCACAAUUCCCAGCUCAUUAAACUUACUAGUCGUUUUUGAGUAUUAUUACGUUAGUGAUAAAAUCAGAGAAAGACUAAAAAAAGUUCAAGUACAAUAGGUUCGUUACGUUUGCGAUUGCCGAGAAUGAAGUGAUAUGAGGAUAUGGGGAGCGCAACUCUGGCAAGGGCGUAAGCAACGAAUUGUUUGUAUGUGGAUCUCAAGUGAUGUUCUAUUAUCCGCAGGAUACAAUAAUUAUAAUAUAUAAUAGACAUAACAUCCACACGGAUGAAGCUGUAAUUUAUUGAUCAUUAUUGAAAGUUAAAUACACAAGGUGGAUAUAAAAGCAAACGAGUGUAAAAAAAACAAAAGUUCAAACAAAUUUCUAACAAGUCUAGUCAAAUAGUAAACAUAACAUUCAAUCAAAACUAGUCGAUGCAAAGUUGAAUAAACUUAUUACAGAUUUAAUAAUUGCAAUCAGA